AUGGCGCUGGUCACGGAGGUGCGCCUGCGUAGUCGCCAGUCACACGGGCCUGGUAAAGGCAAGAAAAGCAAGAAAAACAAACGUCGACGGCUGGAGAAAGGUGAUGCGAGCGAGGAUGGAAACGGAGAAGACGUAUGCGCAGAUAUGUAUAGAGCUGCACAAGCUCAGUUAGAGCAGGAGAUGAAGGCGGCAGGAAUGGAGGGGGGUUUACCCAUGAGCUUUGGUGGCAGAUCGAGGUCCUUUGCGUCGAAGAAGCGCAAGAGAUCAUUGGAGGAGGAAACGACGAUUGUCGAAAAGGUUCGUGUGGUGUACGAUUCAGACGGACAAGUGGCCGAGCGUGUCGUGGAGAAAGUCGAAGUGGACGUCGUGAAAUUUUAUCUGCAAAGACAAACUCUUUUCGAGAAGUUUGAAGAUGGCAUUCAGCUGGACCACGAAAGCUGGUACUCGGUGACACCUCAGGUGAUUGCAGAGCAUAUCGCAAAGCGUCUUGCCUGUGAUGUCGUGGUUGACCCUUUCUCAGGCUGCGGUGGGAAUGUGAUCCAGUUGGCCAUGACGUGCAAGCAGGUUAUUGCGAUCGACAUUGACCCCGAAAAGAUCCGCAUGGCCAAACACAAUGCUGCGAUUUAUGGGGUCGCGGACAAGAUCGAGUUUGUCGUCGGCAACUCCAUUGAUAUCCUGCCGAACCUCAAAGCUGAUGCGGUGUUCUUAUCUCCGCCUUGGGGAGGGGUGAAGUACAGUCGGAAGCGCUUCAGCUUGGACGAAAUGCUCGUGAAAGGUGUCUCGGGGAUGGAUCUGUUUGCCAGGGCUCGUCAAGUGUCGAAGAAUAUUGCCUAUUAUCUGCCGAGGGGCACACCCACGAAGGACUUGGAGGCAUUAACACCAGACGAACCCGUGGAGUGCGAGAAGAUUUUCCUGAAUAAACAGCUGAAGGUCGUGACGGCCUACUACGGCGACCUGGUUAAGCAAGUUGCAGAUCCUGCGUCAUUAAAUGGACAGAAGCAAGAAGCGUGA